GCGGCGCGGCUAGUCCGGAGCGACUCCGGAGCCGAGCGGAGGCGGAGAUGCCGCGGCGCCAGGGGAGGUCGGAGCGGCAGAUAUAUGCUGUCUUUGUCGGUGGCUUAGGGACAUCCUAGCGAAAGAAAAUGGCCCAGCCCACGCAUCUAAACCGGAAUCUCCCAGAUUUGGGUGGUCCGUUCCUGUACCGCAGCCAGGACCAGGAUGGAGAGAAGGCCUCCUACUCCUUGGAGACCCCCUAUGGCUUCCUGUUGGAUCUAGAUUUCCUGAAGUACAUAGACGAUAUCGAGAGCGGCCAAACCUUCCGGAAGAUUCCGCUGAACCGGAAGGCCAAGGGGCCUAAGCUGGCCCCGGGUUCUUCUCGUGGCCAGACUGGUGGCUGGACGUCCACUGAGUCCCUCUCCUCCACAACCAGCGAAGAUAGCAAACCUGUGUUCUCCCCAAGGCCCAGAAUAUGGGCCAGUUCUUCAGAGCCCCCAAGCAAACAGGCCUCUCUUCCCAUGUCCCCACCACCAGUCAUCCAUCUUCUCCCACCUCCAUCUCCCAAAUCCCUUAUGAGAAACACACGGGUGGAGAAAACCUUGUUGGAGACCAGCAAGCGCUUGGAACAAGAGCACCUUGGUUUGCUCAGCGAGGGAACUGCCGUGACCACCACCAAGGCUCCCGAGAGCCCAUCUAAAGUCGCUUCGCCCCCCUUGUUUUCACAAAACUUCUCUCUUUUCUCCGUCCCACUGACAGGGGAAAGCCAAGUUGACUUCAGCCUGCCUCUCGCAGGUCCUGUAAAAAUGAGCCCCUCCAAUUCAGGAAGGAGUACGCCAGCCACGGCAGUCACCCCCGCGCACCUCUACCAUGUCCGUGAGCAGAUGGCGGCUGCCCUGAGGCAACUGAAGGAGCUGGAAGAGCAAGUGAAGACUAUCCCCGUCCUGAAAAUGAAGAUCUGCCGGUUGAAGAAGGAGAAGGAGCAGCUGGUGGCUGGCUUGUGGGAGAAAUCUCAGGUGGGCGAGGCCUUCACCUUCGAUUUCCCUCCCAAAUCUCCCGGCGUGGAGGACGCCGCCACCGCGAGCCCGGAAGACAGCCGUGGGGCCGCGGACAGCGAGCCUCUGAAAGGGAGGCCGAGUAAAAUCGCCGAGCUAAAGAAGCUGACGGAGAAGCUGUCAGCUUCGGAGAAGGCCGUGAAGGCGAACAAGGCAGCGGCGCCUCUUCCGAGAGCCGAGGAGCCCGCCCACAGAUCGGUCGGGGUCGGGGAGGAGAUCGACAUGGGCGAGGCGGUGUUUUACUACCGCUGCCAGAGGCCGUGCCGCGAGGUGGCCGUCGGGUGGGAGACAGAGACCAAAGAUGUCGAGGUGUGGGUCAUGGAGUCCUUGCUUGGGGUGUCGGCCGAGACCGAGCAGGAAAUGGAGCUCCUUCAGCAGACAGUUCAGCAUCAGCGGGAGGUCAUCUCUAUGCUGGAGGGACACCUGAAAGAGGCCACGGAGGAACUGGAGGAGUUGAGAGUCGCCGUUUGCACAAGGAUGCCGAAGAGCCUGAUCAGCAAAGAAACCAUGGCCCGGCCUGAGACCGUGGAGGCAUCCACGGAGGCCGCUCCCGCCACCCAAUGCCAGGCCGUGGGGGGCCACGUAGAAACGGCGGAGAAGGGCGUCCUCUUCUCCCCUCAGGUGGCUUGUGUCGGAGUCGGCUGCCAUUUGCCCCAAGGAGACCUCGUGCCCGUCGGAAACAGAAGCAAAGCCACGCAGGUGGAUCUGGAGGGAAACGGCAAUGGGCCGGAACAGAAGGAAGUCUCCAUCGUGGUAGGACCAGACGGAAAGGAAGAUGUGCCUAGGCCGGAAGAGGCAAAAGUUGGCAAUUGGGCGGCCACUGAGGAGCGUGAAGGGCCUCCCCCAGAGAUGGAGAUUCGGGGAAUGGAUCCGGAAUCGCACUGGCAGCUCGUCGCAGUGGAAGAGGGGACAGCACAAAGGUUGUCUGACGAGAGUUCCUUAGGAAGAGCCGAAACUGGAGCCCUCAAAUCGAUCAUGAAGAAGCGAGAUGGCAUCGGCAAGGCCGAGGCAGGAAUUGGCAGGAAGAGUCUCCAGUUUGUGGGGGUACUGAAUGGCGAGUACGAAUCUUUCCACUUCCUUUCUUGGG